AGUUGUCUCUCAUUUCCCACACACCAAAACCUCUCUACAAGCCAAUCAAUCAUUCACACUCUUGUUUUUUUUCUUCCUUAAACCAAAUUCUAUCAUGGGUGUGAUAAGUUAUGAUAUGGAGGUUACCUCCUCAAUCCCUGCGGCUAAGAUGUUCAAGGCCUUUGUCCUUGAUGCCGACAACCUCAUCCCCAAGAUCUUACCUCAGGCCAUUAAGAGUGUUGAAAUCAUCCAAGGUGAUGGUGGAGUUGGAACUGUCAAGGUUAUCUCUUUUGGCGAAGGCAGCCAAUUCAAGAGCGUCAAACACAAAGUUGACGGGCUUGACAAAGACAACUUUGUUUAUAGUUAUAGCAUCAUCGAAGGUGAUGCUUUGAUGGGUGUACUUGAGAAAAUAUCUUACGAGAUCAAGAUCGAAGCUUCCUCUGAUGGAGGAUCCGUAUGCAAGAAUAGUAGCAAAUACCACACCAAAGGUGAUGUUGGGAUCACAGAGGACCAAAUCAAGGGUGGCAAAGAAAAGGCCUUGGGAAUGUUCAAGGCUGUUGAGGCCUACCUCUCGGCAAAUCCAGAUGCCUACAAUUAAAUACGUUUUAAACAUGUGUACACUGAAAUAUAUGGUUUCAUGAGUGUGUUUUUUAUUACUACUUAUAGGCGUGGCUUUCAAUUCUUCUUCUCGAUGGCUUACUUACAUUGCCUUCAAAUUUGUAAUAAGGGGAAAAGUCUCCACUGAGAUUAUUAUCAUCCAGUUGUUUGUACUGUUUUAUAUGAUUGAAGAGUUUAUGUUUUUCAGUUUUAAUUAUAAUCCGAAACUCUCUUGGUAAA